AUGCCUCCCCCCUACGAUGCUCGCUGUAUCCGCGUCGGCUGCCUUCACUUCUCCCCCGUCUUCAAAGACGUCGAACGCAGUAUUGCGCUCGCUGGUGCGCAUCUGACAACGUGAGGUUAACAUGGGCGCCGGGGAUGGUCGAUGAUACGGUUGUCCGCUCGCUUUUUGCGUCAAUGUUGAUGGACGCGUGGUACAUCCCGCAGACUUCCAAAGGAUCAACUGGAUCUUCUCGUUCUCCCUGAGAUGGCGUUCACCGGUCAGUAGUCAAGCAUCCAGCUUAUAUAGCUGUUACUCGGACGGGCUCUGACGGAGGCAGGCGCCGGCCACUUCAUCAGGCUACUGCUUCGACUGGCGCUCCGACAUCGAGCCUUUUCUGGAAGUUCCUGGUGCUGGACCUACAUUCAGAUGGGCUUCUAAGUCAGGUCCAUCUCUGCAAGGCUAUCGCCUGUGCUGUAUAGUUAGUGCUGAUGCAGAUCCUGAUCUGGCUCCUCUUGUUGUGUCUUCUUUCGAUCUAGCGAUCCGACUCGGAUGUUACGUCCUCGUUGGUGUUCCCGAGCGUCGGUCACACUCGAAGGCAUCAAACUCCCCGUUAAUCGUCACUCCCCAGGGCGAGCUUUUCGCGACUUACCGAAAACAUUUCCUCUACGAGACCGACGAAAGCUGGGCAACCGAAGGCAAAGCUUUUCAGACAUACGUGCUGCCGUUCCCACCUUCGUCUUCACACCGGGGUCAAGACUUCACCAUCUGCCCCAGCAUUUGUAUGGAUCUUAAUCCUAAAGGUUUCAUUGCUCCUUUCGAUGCCUUCGAGCUCGCAACGUUUGCGCGAGAGCGCAAUGUCGAUCUGGUGAUCUGUGCGAUGAACUCGCUCGACUCGAAUCAAGAAUCGCUCGACUCGGAAGGCGUGUUGGACCAAGCGACUGACGAAUCGGAAUGGCCGAGAGUUUCUGAUGCGCUUCGAUACUUUGCAGUGAGACUCACGCCUCUUUUGGGAAGGGGCGUAGCGUUUGCGGCGUGUAAUCGAGUGGGCCAGGAGAAGGGUGAGCCCGGAGUCCCAAAGUCGGCCCGCAAAAUUUAAUGCUGCUCUUGCUGACUCCGAGUGAUCACCUCUAGUCCGAUUCACUGGUUCUAGUGUCCUGAUGCAGCUUGGUUACCGGACAGACAUCAUUGCGUACGCACCCAAGUACCAAACAAAGCUCAUUGUCGGGGUCCUCGAAUUGCCUCCAUCGACUAGCAAGUAA